GAAAGAACCUGACUGACUGGGAGCAGGCAGGCAGCCAAGCAACGGCCAAGGCUUCAAGCAGGCCAAGAAAAGAGCUUGUUUCAAAUAAUUCCAAUAGCUUUGUGGUAUAAUUAAUCAAACAUUGGUGAAAUUAUAUAAUUAAAGAAUUAGGUAAAUCACUACUUUCAGUGCUGGACUGCUGGAAAUAUUCGGAGAGCUGAUCAGUGACAUCUGCUACAUUUGGUCGCCAUUUAGUCGCAGGCAACAAAUGGCUGAAGAUCUGGAUGUUGAGGCUAUGUUAGAAGCACCAUACAACAAAUCUGAUAAUACUUCCUCUUCAAAGCAUCGCUCGGACAAGUAUUCUGAUAAGCACAAAGAAAAGGAGAGAGACAGCAGUAGAAGACGAAGCCGAUCGAGAGAAAAAAGAAGAUCACGAGAUCGGGAAUCGCGCCGUUCAAGAGAUAGAGAAGAAAAGAAGGACAGAGACCGUGACCGCGAGCGAGAUAAGGACCGCAGGGAUCGUGAUAGAGACCGUAGUCACAGGGACAAAGAUCGCGAUAGAGAGAAAGAACGUGAGCGGGACAGGGACAAAAGGCGAAGCAAAGAUAGAGAACGCAGUCGCGAUCGAGAACGCAGCAGAGACAAAUCGAACAAACGGGAGAAAGAGAGAAGUCGAGAAAAAGAGAGAGAUCCAAGCAAGGAAUAUCGCUCCAAAUCUAGAGGCCUAGAACCAAAGUUAGAAGAACUACCACCAGAAGAGAGGGAUCUUAGAACAGUGUUUUGUAUGCAACUAUCUCAAAGAAUUAGGGCUAAAGAUUUAGAAGAAUUCUUCUCUUCGGUUGGUAAAGUUAGAGAUGUAAGACUUAUCACAUGUAAUAAAACCAGAAGAUUUAAAGGAAUAGCAUACAUUGAAUUCAAAGAUGCCGAAUCUGUACCAUUAGCUUUGGGAUUAACCGGUCAAAAACUUCUAGGUGUACCUAUUAUUGUACAACACACACAAGCUGAGAAAAAUAGAGUGGGCAACACAUUGCCCAACUUAGCUCCCAAGACAAGUAAUGGACCAACAAGGCUGUAUGUCGGUUCUCUACAUUUUAAUAUUACUGAAGACAUGUUACGAGGUAUUUUUGAACCAUUCGGGAAAAUUGAUCACAUUCAACUUAUGACAGACCCAGAAAAUGGCAAAAGUAAAGGAUAUGGAUUUCUUACUUUUCAUCAUGCUGCUGAUGCAAAGAAAGCCAUGGAACAAUUGAAUGGUUUUGAACUAGCAGGAAGACCUAUGAAAGUUGGCAAUGUAACAGAGCGUGCUGAUGGAGGAUCAAACACAAGGUUUGACGCAGAUGAACUGGACAGGGCUGGUGUAGAUUUAGGAGCUACCGGCCGUUUACAGCUUAUGUUCAAACUUGCUGAAGGAACAGGACUCCAGAUACCACCUGCUGCAGCAUCGGUUCUGAUGGGUACUGGAUCUACGCUGGUUGCACCUCAACCACAAGUCGCUCCGCCGAUAGCCACACAAUGCUUCAUGCUCAAUAAUAUGUUUGAUCCGGCAACGGAAACAAAUCCAAAUUGGGAUAUAGAGAUCAGGGAUGAUGUCAUCAGCGAAUGCAAUAAACAUGGUGGCGUUUUACAUGUUUAUGUAGAUAAAGCGUCACCACAAGGAAAUGUCUACUGUAAAUGUCCUACGAUAGCUACGGCAGUAGCGUCCGUAAACACCCUGCAUGGACGGUGGUUCGCUGGCCGGGUCAUCACUGCGGCUUAUGUACCCCUUGUCAAUUACCACUCUCUCUUCCCAGAUGCUAUGACAGCUCUCACUUUGUUGCUCCCAACAAGACAACGAUAAUUCUGACAGUGAACAUUGUGUACUGUAACACAAUAUUGCUAUGAAAUUUUUGUGUAACAUUCUCUUUAGAAUAUUUUCAAAUAUGUCUUAUUUUAAGCAAUAAAAUAUUAGAUUAAAAUA